GCAAUGACUGUUGUGGGAUCGAGCAUCGAGAGGGUGCAAUAAUUGUUAGGGUGUGAUGAGAUGCGAAUGGAUUUUCUUCAAACGAAGAAGCAUACAUGAACAACAGUUGGGGAAACGUUUCUUGGAUAGCUGCAAAUCCAGACAUUUCCACAACAAACAGCCAGCCGUACUAUGAGCAGUGUGGAUACGAACCUGUUAAACAGUUGGAGGAGCCUAAGUGGGACCCAGAUGUCGAUAGCGGUUUCCAGGCUAUCUACACGCCUCUUGACGUCCCGGCUUCUUUGCGGAGUGAGGUGCCUUCACAGAAUGGUGGCUAUCACUCCACUGGCCUGCUGGACCAAGACUUGCCAUUGUUAGCAGAGUGCAGAAACUUGAGUGACUCUGCAGCAAGCUCUUACUACUCGUUUGACAACAACUUACUCUCACUGGACAAUUACAGCCCGCCAGCCACAUGCACGGUUACUUCGGCAACCACUUCCAACUGGCACGUCAGCAAUGACGUCACAGAGAGUCAGUCUCAGCAGUUUGAAAAUCAGAAAGUAUCAAAGUCUGUCCAGAACACCAGAACUGUGCAAAAUUUCAAGGUGUUGGGUUCAAAAGAAACAAAACUACCCAAUGUGAUCAUCACAAAUAAACAGGCUGUCAAAACCGGAAUAUUCAGAGUAGACAGUAAAAGUAAAAUUUUGGGUGGUAAAUCUGGCAUAAUACUAAGCAAUACCACCAACAGCCCUAAUGCAAGGGUUUUUGACAAAUGCAAGAAAUUCUCCUUGUUCCCGAGCAAGGGAAAAGUUGGUCGACCACCGAUACGUUCCCACACUGUUCAAACAGCUUUACAGAAAAGUCCUCAAGAGAGCUCUGAGUGGGCAGUUGUCCGUCAUCAUGAAAUUAGUGUUGACGGUCAAGACAAGAAGUUUCCAAUCACCAUCAUUGCGAAGAAGACUGGCGGUGAAGAAUUGAAAUCUAAACCUUCCAGCCAGUGUGUAAAUGGUAAAGAUUUGCAUUUAGAAUGCAAAUCGAAGGUGGGGCAGCAGAAGGUGCUGAAGCACUCGUGCUCCGUCUGUCAUGAGCCGCUGGCCACGCGAAACUCGCUGAGCACGCACAUGAAGAGCCACCGCCUGCCCGUGUGCAUGUGCUGCCUGAAGGUGUGGCGCAGCUCCGAACACCUGCGCGUGCACCUGCGCAAGCGCAACCGCUCGGCCAGCCCGCGCAUUGUGCUGGUCACCUCCAAGUACGGCCGCCGCCGCAACGUCCUGAGCGCGGCCGACCUCUAGGCGAGCCGGGCGCGCCCCAGUCCAACCGUCCAGCAGUUCAAUACUGCACUAUUAUCUUUUCUGUUGAUUAGUUGGUUUUUCUAUCGUAGGUUGCUUCAAGUUCUUGUAACCGGUUUGAUUUAACCGUCCAGCAGUUGAAUACUGCACUAUCAUCUAUUCUGUCAUUAAUUUUUUUUUUGAUCAUAGGUUGCUCCAAGUUCUUGUAACCGAUUAAACCGUCCAGCAGUUGAAUACUGCACUAUCAUCUUUUCUUUCGAUUGAUUGGUUUUUUCCUUCAAAUGUUAGUCCAAGUUCUUGUAAUGGAUCUAACCGUCCAGCAGUUGAAUACUGCUCUAUCAUCUUUUCUGUUGAUUAGUUGGUUUUUCUAUCGUAGGUUGCUCCAAGUUCUUGUAACCGAUUUAACCGUCCAGCAGUUGAAUACUGCACUAUCAUCUAUUCUGUCAUUAAUUUUUUUUUUGAUCAUAGGUUGCUCCAAGUUCUUGUAACCGAUUAAACCGUCCAGCAGUGAAUACUGCGCUAUCAUCUUUUCUGUUGAUUAGUUGGUUUUUCUAUUGUAGGUUGCUCCAGGUUCUUGUAACCGAUUUGAUUUAACCGUCCAGCAGUUGAAUACUGCACUAUCAUCUUUUCUUUUUAUUAAUUUGUUUCUUCAUCAUAGGUUGCUCCAAGUUGUUGUAACCGAUUAAACCGUCCAGCAGUUGAAUACUGCACUAUCAUCUAUUCUGUCAUUAAUUUUUUUUUGAUCGUAGGUUGGUCAAAGUUUUUGUAUCUGAUUAAACCGUCCAGCAGUUGAAUACUGCACUAUCAUCUAUUAUGUCAUUAAUUUUUUUUUUGAUCGUAGGUUGCUCCAAGUUUUUGUAACCAAUUAAACCGUCCAGCAGUUGAAUACUGCACUAUCAUCUAUUCUGUCAUUAAUUUUUUUUUGAUUGUAGGUUGCUCCAAGUUCUUGUAACCGAUUAAACCGUCCAGCAGUUGAAUACUGCACUAUCAUCUAUUCUGUCAUUAAUUUUUUUGAUCAUAGGUUGCUCCAAGUUCUUGUAACAGAUUUAACUGUCCAGCAGUUGAAUACUGCACUAUCAUCUAUUCUGUCAAUUAAUUAUUUUUUUUUCCAUCAUAGUUUGCUCCAAGUUGUAACCGAUUUAUCCGUCCAGCAGUUGAAUACUGCACUACCAUUUAUUAUGUCGAAAAAUUUGUUUUUCCAUCAUAGGUGGCUCCAAGUUCUUGUAACCGAUUUAUCCGUCCAGCAGUUGAAUUCUGAGCUACCUUUUUUUUUUUUUUUUUUAGUCAAUUUGUUUUCCCAUUGAGUUUUCCGAGAUCCAGUGCCCAAUUUGACUGCCCAGCUGUUGAAUGAAUACCGUUAUUUAAAAAAAGGCCUUAUCAGUGGUAUACCUUUCUCUCUAAGGGUAAACUGUGAGUAUGGUUUUAGGCUUGUGCCAUAACGAAAGUGACCUGUCCCUUUACUCGUGAUGUCUAAAACUCCUGAUAGCUGAUGUACUAGUUUUCAAAACAAACAUAUGGGUACUGCACUAGUUAUAAUAUGUCAUUUUUAUAUCAAUUUUAUCCUAAAAUUAAGUUAUUAUCCAAGUAAUUUUUUAUAUAUAAACAAAACUACAUUUCUCACUGUCUGAAGAAUUAUAUGCAUAAAUUAUUUUUCUGUAGGUUGCAUUAAUACAUCACUACUCUGUUAUUGUCAAUAUUUAUACUUAGUUAAUUACAAAACUAUUAGUUUCAUCAUAAAUGCAGAGUAUUUUUUGUAUGUUACAAAUAAAUGUUAUAUUUACCUAAAAGCAGUGCAAGUUUAAGUUUGUCAGUUUUUAAUUGCUUUUAAACCAAAAUAUUAUUUUUCUGAUAUGUUUGAAUGUAACAUUUCAAAAACUAUAUUUCAUGUGCAAUAUAAACGUGUGCAAUAUUGAUCUCAUAAUUCAAUCAUUGAUAAGUUCCUAACGUUGCUUAGUUUUGUCAUGUCUUAUUGCAGAAUUAAUUAGGUUUAAUUAGGAUUAGCUGCGUGGUAUAAUUUUUUGCCUUUGAUAUUACAUUGAAACUUACUUCAGUGUGUUGAUGUUACUGUUUUUGUGAUCCUGUAAUGAUGACUAGGAAAUCUUAGUUAUUUUUGUCACUACCAUAUCCAUAUCCAUAAUAAAACACAUGUUUUAUUUUGUUUAAAAUGACAAUGAAUGUUCCAGCCUGCAAAAUGUUAGCUACAGUCUCAUUUUCUACAUAACAUGUUUGGAAAUUUUCGUCAAAUGUAUGAUAUCAUAAGUAAAUUUUGCAUGAAAUUUAAGUGAUUUUAUUUUGCUUAUUUAAUGCACAUAUUUAGUUUGUGUUUUCUCAUAUGUUCAUUGUUACAGUUUUAAUUGUUACAUUUUAGUUGUAUUUAUUUAGUUUAAAGCUUUGUGAUUGAUAUAUUUAAUUCAUACAAAAAAGUACAAAAUGCUGCAGUGAUAUUGUAAACAUUUUGUAAGAUUAUGACAAGAUAAUGUGUGUUGUCUGAUACUAUUGAGAGUUCCUAAAAAUAUUCCUAACUGUGUAACAUAUGUGUCAUACAGUUCACUGUUUGUUAGUUUCUUAAGCUAAGAUUAUUUCUUCUAGUGCUUAUCACUUUCAAGGAACUUCUCUGCAUGUACAUAAAAUUAUAGCAUUUCAACUACCAUAUUGUGAUGAACUAAUGAAGCUCUUAUGGUUAUCUUAAGAACACAAUUAGACAUAGAUGUGGUGUUAAAAAUUCUAUACAGAUGGUCAGUGCACCUCUUUCAAAAUGUUUCAUGCUGCAGUUAAUUGGAAUGUUAAGAAAGCAAUCAAUGCAGUGGUGGAUCCAAAAUGGUCUAUGCUCCCCUCCCCUCUCCAUCUGAUCUCAACUUAAUACUGUGUAAAGUAAGGUAAAACCUUAGUAUAGUGAACCUCCUUUUAACAAACUGUUUGCUAAGUACCAAUCAAAACUGUAUCCAACACAAGACUUAUUUUGUAUAUAGUAAACAUUUGUGCAAAGACACUAAUAUAAAUUUUUACAAAUUAUGUUCAAAAUUGAACAGCUGUUUGAAAUAUUUAAUAAAACUAAACAAAAAAAAAUAUUCAGCACUAAAUUUAAUAAAAGAUUCACUGUGUCACUAUAACAGUGAAAUACUAGGCCAUGAAUACUGAUGAAAUUAGCAUUCACCACACUAUUCUAAUGCCUUUGUUAUGUUUGAUUUUGUCAUUCUCUGACAUUAUUAUUUUAUUUUAUUUAUUGUACUAUCCGUGAUAUUUAUGCACUGUUUUGGAACUAGUGCAUAAGCCUAUGUGGCAAUAUUGUAAAUAAACUGCUCCCAAGAAAACUUUAUACUUUAGCCUAUAUAUAGGUAAAUGAGAUGAAACAUAAACACAUAUUGCUCAUUUUACACUUACAUACUUUUUUUUUUUUUUAAAUUUUAGGUAUUGCAGAGAACAGUGACAGCUGGGGGAUUUGGUGUGAAAAGGGGGGAGGGGAGAAUAAAAUUAGAACAUGUGUAUUCCAAAACCUCACCUUGCAUCACCCAAAAUAACAUACUGCCUUCACUAAUGUUUUGCAAGUGUUUUUCCCAAUUUCAGGUUUGGGGGGGGGGGGGGGGGUAAGAAUAUAUACCCUCUAUCAUUCCCCCUUGUGUCAACCACUGACAGAGAAUGAGCAUGUGUAUUAUAUUACUUUUACAUUGAUACAUAAAUAGCCAUGCAUGUAGAUUCCAGGGCGGCUUGGGCCCCCCUGGAGUUAAGAAUUUCACUGGGCCCGCUUGCAAACGUGUGACUGUGUAAUGAGUUUGAUGUCAAAACUAUGUUUUACGGAAAACUUUCUGUACAUUGAAAGUUUUAUGCUCAAAUUAUGGGCAGUGUACAACAUACGAACAUCCAAUUAAAACCCACACGCAGAACUCUCGAGCAGUGGAAUUUCCAUGGGCCCUCUUAGCAAAUCCUACAGAUUUCUGCCCCUGCACAUGGCUAUAAAAAAAUUAAUCUCUUACAUUCUUUACUGAUAUAUUUGUAAGUUUCUUAAUAAUUGUGUCUCACUGCCUUAGUUAUACCUUUCAUCAUGUAUUCCAUGAUGACUGAUGAAGUUGCAUUGCAAUUGGGAGAUGGAUAAAUCACUAAUAUGAAUGUAAAGUUGUAACAGUUCCUUUUUUUUUUUCUUUCCAGAAACAAUUGCUAUAGCAAAUUUCUUGCAGUUUCAGUGGCAAACACACUCAAAAUCUACAUGUUGAUUCCAGCAAUAGAGGAAAAUCUAAUAUUGUAAAAUUUUUUAGCCCUUUUCACCUCUUCAAAACAACUCCUCUAUAACAAAUGCACUAAACUUUUGUCCCUUCAGUUUUAUAAUAAGGUUUUACUGUAGCAUGUUCUUGAAAAAAGUCAUUAGUUUAUGAACCCAAGAUUUUGUAUCCACCAUUGAUGAGAUGACCAUGACUGUUAAUGUACAUACCGAUUGCUUGCACCAUUGGUGCAAUCUAGGUAGCCUAUAUAUAGUUUAUAAAACAUCCAAAAGAUAACAGUCUGUAAAUUACAGUAGCUAAGUAUCUGGAAUGAUAGAUAAGUCAGUGAAGUUUUAUGUUGCUGAGACAUUUGGGAGAUUAUUGGCAAGAGAAAAAGGUAAUUAAUAGGUCUUGUGUCGAGACUGAUUCUCACCUUGUGUGGAGUUAACUUAUUGUAUUGUCGUGUCCUACGAGUGUUUUUUAGGAAAAAGGGGGAGGAUUGCCAUGAUUCACAUGAUCCAGGUACCAGGGGUCCCCACUUGAGUUUUGAGAUUAUUUUUUUAACAUGUGUGUAUUUAUCCUAUAAGUAUGGGGAAAAUUAAAAGUCUAAUGAUAACAGAAUUCAUUGGAAACUUUACAAACUAUACAUGGCAGAUAAUGUUUACGGCCACGGUAAUUGGAGGGGACUUCAUGAAAUUAUUUUCCCUGGCCCUUAGCUUUUCUUGACUGCCUGAAACAGUUCCAGUUUUGAAUACAUUUGACUUAGAAAUAGCUGAAGAGGGUUCACUACCUUAACUGAAACUAAUUCCUUAAAUAGUGUGAUUUAAAUAAACCUAUUUCUUUUGCUUUUAAAAUGUAUCCCAUUAACUCUUAAAUACUGAUUUUUAAAAAUAUAUGUAUUUUAGUGACAUUAAUUUCUUAAUAAUGCCAUCAGUUAUUAAACAUUUUUCCUCAUCAUUUUUUUCCCUGAUAAUAAAAAAUUGCAGGUUGGUAGCUUGGAUAGGUGAGAAGAGAUUUGAUCCCCACCAUUUCACAUUUUUGGGCAUUAAGUGUUGUUACAUGCCCAGAAUUUUGGCAAAAAUAUAUUGACAUUUUAUAUCUUAUCAACUUAUCAUCAUCUGAAUGUAUCAAUAACCGGCUCUAGUCUGCAUUUUAUUAAUUCAUGUAGGUUUCAACAAACAUCAUAGUACUUAGAAAAAUUGAUGAAUGUUUAUUUUAAAUAUUGCUCAAAUUAGGUUCAACGCCCUCUUCAGACAUUAAAUGAAUGUAUUACUGAAGCUAUACCGCAAACUAAGGUUAAAUAUUCGACAGUCUUGAUAUGGGGGGGGGGGGGGGGGGGAGACUUAAUUUUCUUUAAUGCUCUGCCUCUACUGUGAGUGUAACCAGGUCGAUACAGGAUGUGGCGGAAAAUGUCUUUAAGCCUGCAAUAUUGUGUGUGUGACAUCUCUCGAUAAAGAUUACUUUUCUUCCAUUUUUUAGCACUUUAGUUCUUAGAAUAUUUGACCACAAUUUUGUUCGUAUAAUGUUCACGUACAUUUUGGUAGUGUGUGAAAUAAUGUAUUUUUACUAGUGGAUGAUGUUUGUUUUGUAAUGCCUGAUGCCAGGGUGUCUACAGAUCACGGAAGUCACAGAAAAGUCAGCAAACUGGAGGACUGGUUACAGAAGUCAUGAAAAAAAAAACCCGUUUUGGUGCUGGAAGAAAUAAAACUUUAAUUUCCAGCAGUUUAUUAUAUUGCAUUUGGUUUUUUGACACCUCACUUUUUAUAGUCACAUUAAAUAUACAUAGUGGGAUACACCGUCCACCUAAAAAUUGACUCGUCCAUGCAAAUAGUAGAUCUCUUUCAUAUUAUGAUUAAUUUUGUUCAUAAAAAUAUAAAAAAUACUUAUGUUUUAAAAAAGUAUUGAAAUUGGUUCACCCAGUAUAUGUAGACACCCUGGAGGCUAUUACAGAAAGUUACAAAGUGAUGUACUGUGUUCUCACAUGAUCUUGGAAGAGAUGUAUUUAGUUACUCUAGAAAACUAUGCCAGAAUUUAGCAGGUAGAUGAGAUUUAUGCAAGUGCAAUAUGUAUAGUAUUUUUAUGAUUGUUUUGUUGGUAUAGUGUAGUAUAAACGUCCGUUAGCUGUUUCUGAAAACUGGUCUAGAACAUUCAGUGUUUGAAGUCAGUUGUUGAUCCAUGACAUUCUAAAUUGUACGUUUUUAACAAAUUACUAAAUCUGCUGUAAUUUGUAGGACCAAGGAAACUAUAUUAAGCUCUCUGGUAUUUUUAAUUGAUAAUUGCAUUAUGGCUAGGAAGCACAGGCAGACAUUUAAUAAUUUUACAGUUACAGUGUAUUGUGUUUUAAACAAAAAUAGUGUCAAAUAUCUGAGGUAGUGUGAAAAGAUAUAGAUAACACCAUAGAAACUAAAAGGUCAUACCUUACAACUCCAAUUUUUUUUACUGUGAAGUUCAGCUAUCCACAUAUUUUUUUUAGAAAAUUUUUUCAACAUGUACAAAAUUCAUUGUAUAAACUUUUCUGGUUUGGUGAGAAAAAUAUACUCUCAUUUAUCUUGAGGUUCUGUAUAUCUAGAAAUGUUUUCAGUUCAAAUAUAAUUUUGGCUCUCAUUUGCAUUUUCAAUGCAAAUAAAUGCUAUAUAACAAAUUUCAGGAAAAGAUCAAAAUAUUACCAAAAGUGCAACGAGAAACUGUUUUCUGUCCGUGUCAUAAUUUAUGUUGCCUCACACCAUUCUUCCAUUCACUUCUCACCCAUCUACACUCAUGUUGCUGCUAAACGUUGUCAUCAUAGAUAGCUGUGAUCAUGUAACACUUUUUUUCCUUCAUAUUUUUCCUACUACAAGUUUUUUCUCUCUAGUUAAAAAUGUGACUAAUUGUUUUGUGGAUAACUUGGAACCUCAAUUAUCGGGACUCUGAUUUACACAAUUCCACUGUAUUUAAUUUGAGUGUCAUUUUGUGCUUUUAGAGUUGAUAAUGCAUGAAGCUUAACAAUAUUCUUAUGUUAAAAAGAAACUUAAUGUGUUUUUGUCUAAAAUGUUUGUAAAUUUUGCAGGAUUCAAUAAAAUACAGUAAGUUUAUGUA